AAAACGAACAAAAAAAAAAAAAAAGAAAACGAACAAAAAACCACUAAAAAGAAGAGCAAAUGACGUGUCUACUCUGGAUUCAUUUCUUUCUUAUACUUGUAUUGAAAAAUAGUUCAGCAGAAUUCACCAUUUUAAGUUCCUGUAAAAGCUUUUGUGGAAACGUCUCGAUUCCAUAUCCGUUUGGAAUAGGAAACGGUUGCUACCUCAAUCAUUGGUACGAAAUAAACUGUACUGAAAUUUCCUCCCGUAAAUUCAUUCCAUUUCUGCGUAAGAUCAACAAAGAAGUAGUCCAAAUCGAUCUUCCGAGCCCAAUAAAACCCGAGGAAGAUUCCAGUCUUUAUGGAUCACUCCGAAUCAAAACCAACAUAGCUUCGAUGGGGUGUUCUGGCGGCCACGGACAAAACUUGGAAGAGAUUUUGAACUUCACCGGAACACCGUUUACCAUCAGCAACAAAAACAACCUCAUGGCUUUCGGGUGCAACAACAAGGCCACACUGACGAAUGUUGAGCCCAGAAUUAUUGGAUGCAUCAGCACUUGUGGCACAUUCGACCCAUGGCUAUAUACACUCAUGGAUGCAUUCUUAGCAAAUACAACCUGCGUAGGCAAUGAAUGUUGCAAUGCAAGUACACCUACAGAGGGACGUUAUGUAAUAGGUGUGAAAAUAGAGAGCAUCCAUGGUAACAACCCAAGAGAAGGGUGCAAUGUCGCGUUCGUAACAGACGAAUAUGGCCAACCCUCACUGUGGCGCAACAGAACUGAUUCGAGAAGGCUUCACGCUCUGAAAUAUGCUACAGUUCAUCUGAAGUGGGAAGCUAUGGCAACAAAUGAUUCGUUUAAAGAAUCCUUGGGGUGCCGCGAUUAUUUUGAGGACUCUAACACUACCAAUCCUUGCUACUGCGACUGGGACCUCCCAACUCAAAUAAGGUGUGCGUGUAUCUAUGGUUAUGAGGGUAACCCAUAUAUUAAAAACGACUGCAAAGAUAUUGAUGAAUGUAAAAAGCGCAAAGAUGGACGUCCCGAGGUUUGUGUUAAUAGCGACCAAAUUUGUCUCAAUACUCCGGGUACAUAUCAAUGCGUGACCAAGAAAAGUAAGAAGACAUUCGUAAUUUAUAUAGGUAAAUCUGCUUUCUGGGUCAGCAUCGGUUUGAGCGUGUUAAUGGUGGGCGUUGGAAUAUGGCUAUACAUAUUUAUUAAGAAGUAUAGAAAGACCAAGCGCAGAGAAAAGUUCUUUAAGCGAAAUGGAGGUCUUUUGUUACAGCAACAAUUGGACUCAAGAGAAGGCUACGUAGAGAAAGCAGUAGUAUUCAGCUCUAAAGAAUUGGAGAAAGCUACAGAGAGCUUCAGUGUAAACAGAGUGCUUGGUCAUGGUGGGCAAGGAACAGUGUUCAAAGGAAUGCUUGCUGAUGGUAGGAUCGUAGCGGUAAAAAAAUCUAAGCUUGUGGAUCAAGAUAAGGUCGAAGAGUUCAUAAAUGAAGUUUCCAUACUCUCUCUGAUCAAUCACCGCAACAUCGUGAAUAUACUCGGAUGUUGUCUAGAAACGGAGGUACCCCUACUUGUUUAUGAAUAUAUCCCAAAUGGCAAUCUUUUCCAACUUCUUCAUGAAGAGGAUGAUCACACGUUAAUUACGUGGGAGUUACGUCUGCGUAUUGCCAUAGAUACAGCGGGAGCUUUGUCAUACCUUCAUUCUGCUGCUGCAUCUCCGAUUUAUCAUAGAGAUGUCAAAUCAUCAAACAUCUUGUUAGAUGAGAAUUACCGAGCUAAGGUUUCGGAUUUCGGAACCUCACGCUCGAUACGCGUUGAUCAAACUCACCUGACAACCGCGGUUAUAGGUACUACAGGAUAUGUUGAUCCUGAGUACUUUCAAUCCUGCCAGUUUACAGAAAAGAGUGAUGUGUACAGCUUCGGAGUUGUGCUUGUUGAGCUAAUGACUGGAGAAAAACCGUUUGCUUUCCAACGGUUUGGGGAAAACAGAACAUUGGUCACUUACUUCAAUCUUGCCCUAAAAGAGAAGAGACUUUACGACAUUAUUGAUGCUAGAAUAAGGAAUGACUGUAAGCUGGGACAAGUCAUGCUUAUAGCAAACCUUGCGAAAAGGUGUCUAAAUCUUAACGGAAAGAAGAGACCAAGCAUGAGAGAGGUUUGGUCGCAAUUGGAGAGUUCGAGACAUGGAGAUCUACACACUGAGGUUGAAGUACUUAGCAGUGAUGAUGAUGAUGAUGAUGAUUGAUGACUAGUCACUUUUCCAUUGUAAUAAUUUGGGUGAAACAAAUUGUCAUAGUUUUCACUUGGCCGCAUCUACUACACAUAUGUACUUUGCUUAUAUUGUUGUUCUAUGAUUAUGAUGACUAUACUUAUUUAAUGUUUGGAACUUUUUUUUACAUAAUUUUUUUAUCUAUCAUUUUCAUAUUCAGGAAAUUGAAAAAGGUCUACUUUUCAAAUUAUUUAAUUUGGCGGACCAAGUUUCCUUGACUAAUUCCAUCUGAAUUAACAAUUAUAUACAGAA